CUCCGUGAAAGGCCAGAGCCAAACAGCCACCAUCGAGAUGCCAGUGGCUGUCCAGCCCAAUAAGGCCAGCCCGGGUGCGGAAACUGGAUCAGUCCUAACCUCUCUCCCCAAUCACAGGCAGACUGGUGCCUGGCCCGGUAGUGCUGAUGGAGCAAGAGCAGGGGGCUCACUUAUCAACAAGUCGUUGCGACAGGGAUAAUAUACAGUUGGCUGGGUUUUCCAUGCAUUGGCAGGACAGGACAGCUACGUCUGGGGGACACUGAGAUCCUGUGUCACGCUCCCUGGCACUUCCUGGUCCCAUGACAGCAAGCCCCUGGGCCCCAUCUAUCAGUGGCAGACUGCACUUUGAUCACACUUCAAACCUGGGGCCAUCCGGGGGAGCCAGGGCCUAGCCCAGCAGAGCAGUCCUGGAUUAACACCAUCCCACUCCACCUUUGAAGUGCCACUCGGCAGCUCAGAUGGCAAAGGAAAGGGAAUUAGUGUGGGGUGUGUGCCCUUUCUUCAGUGUGACGGCGAUCCUUCUGUGGGCUCACCGUUAAUCAAGCAGAGUGUGUUUUAAGGGCCGUGAUGGACACUCACUGCAGCUGGAGCUCUCCUGCAAGGAGCUCAAACUGCCGGGAUCAAACACACAGCAAAAACACCCUCUACGCCCCAAGGAACCACUUACACUAGGUCAACCCGAUGAUCUGCACAUGGUACAGAUAGAACAUGGAUAAGACAAAGAUAUGCCUGUCCAUCUUUGUCAACAAUCCAAAUCAAAAGGGUUGACAGACUUAUCACCAAGGAAUUAAAACUUGACAAAGCAGCCUGGUAAACACUCCUUAGGAGAGUCAAAUGCUUGAAGGAUGAUUGGAAGCUUCCCUGCUAAGCUGAUUAAUGGGGGCGUGACAGGGCUGGUGGGUGUGAGCUGUGUGUUUCAUAAUGAUCGGGCCAAGACCCGCCUACAGAACCAGCAGGGUGCCCGAGUCCACACCGGAAUGCUGGACUGUUUGACGAAGACAGUAAAGAUGGAAGGCUACUUUGGGAUAUAUCGAGGUGCAGCAGUGAAUCUCACUCUUGUCACACCAGAGAAUGCCAUUAAACUGGCAGCAAAUGAUAUCUUCAGACAGAAGCUCUCCAAGGACGGGAAACUAACUUUUUGUUCUAGCACAGCACUUACACUUUUAACUAUUUAACGGAAACAUACAUUUACAUACCUUAGAGUACUUUUUUAUCCAUCAAGUUAACAUAACAUUCAUGUAAUAAAGUCAGACGAACUAAGGUGCUAUUGCAACAGUAAACUGUCUCAUUUUAUCAGGGGUGGUGCCAUUAUUGUUAUUAUUGCUAUGUGUCUAUUUAUUAGUCUGUUAACCCUGUAAUUUGGCCCACAGGAAGUUGCCCCUGUGGGGGGAGAUACUGGCAGGAUGUGGGGCGGGGACCUGCCAGAUGAUAGUGACCACACCCAUGGAGAUGCUCAAGAUCCAUUUGCAGGACGCAGGAAGCUGACAUAAGCAGAGUGGUCCAAGCACACACUGCAGCUUCUGGUCCAGCUCCUGGUCCAUCUCCUCCAGCCCAGCCUGCCCCUCCACCUCGGACCCCUGCCGUCCGUAUUACCCUGGAGCUACUGAAGACACGCGGCCUGCCAGGCCUCUACCGGGGAGGGAUUUUCCUUUCUCUAUGAUCUACUUCCCGCUGUUCACCAACCUGAACACGCUGGGAAGGGCCGAGUAGUCAUGGAGACUUGCAGGAGCGGGCCCCUUCCUGCAGUCCUUCACAGCAGGCUGCACAGCCGGAUCAGUGGCAGCUGUAGCUGUCACACCACUUGACGUCAUAAAGACUCGUAUACAGACCUUGCAGAAGGGGGAGGACACAUACCGUGGCAUUGUUGACUGCACACAGAGGAUCUGUGAUCUUCCUGUCUGGGUUGGCGCCCCCCUUUGGGUUGUGCCGUGACGGAGAUCUUUGUGGGCUAUACUCGGCCUUGUCUCAGGAUGGACCUGAGCCCUAGGACCAUGCCUCAGGACUACCUGACAUGAUGACUCCUUGCUGUUCCCAGUCCACCUGGCCGUGCUGCUGCUCCAGUUUCAACUGUUCUGCCUUAUUAUUAUUAGACCAUGCUGGUCAUUUAUGAACAUUUGAACAUCUUGGCCAUGUUCUGUUAUAAUCUCCACCCGGCACACCCGGUUCCUCUCUGGGUUUCGGCCUUUCUAGGGAGUUUUUCCUAGCCACCGUGCUUCUACACCUGCAUUGCUUGCUGUUUGGGGUUUUAGGCUGGGUUUCUGUACAGCACUUUGAGAUAUCAGCUGAUGUACGAAGGGCUGUAUAAAUAAAUUUGAAUUAAAGUGCGCAGCAACAUUCCUCAAGGAGGCAACUAGUCGCGCACUGGUCAUCAACCCCCUCUUUGGCAUCACACAGGGGGUCUACUUCCUGGGCGUAGGAGAGCAGUUGCUAGGGCUACUGGGAUAGCAGCAGCAUGUGUCAGUGUCCCUUACAGUACAAAACAUACUGCUUCAUUCAGCAGUGAAUUGAGGGAGAGAUUACUCUCCAUGGUUCUUAUGCAAAGGCUCCUUGACUAUGCCAUCACUAAGGAAGUUACCAAGCUAUCAUGGUUUGACAAAAGCACUUUAUAUGUAAGUGACAAAUCCAUCAACAUUUGUUUUUAAACUAUCAAACAUUUUAUUUACUAAUGUUGUGUAAUGCUGACUACACUGCCAUGAGAAGUCUAAAAUGUGUCCGGCAAUUCAAAGCAAUUGGUCCACCUUUCACAGAGAUCCUUUUCGUUUCAUGAAAAAGGACAACCUCCACAUUGGCUUUCCUUCCCAGUGAGUUUCUUUCCCAUCCGUGAGUCCAGAGUUGUAAUCUUGGACUCCUCCUGUUAAUGCUUUAAUCCUAGUCUCUGUACUGUAACCCACUGAACAG